CUGAAAUAUGAAGAAUGAACUUCCUCCUUCCUGGACAUUCGAGCAGGACGGUCUUGUCGUCACUGCUGUGAACCCGAGGACACGAUUUAUCUGAAACCUGAGGAGCUGAGUUUUUCAGAGGAAGAUGCUGCGCCUCCCGCCUCUCGCUGCCCUCGUCCUCCUCUUCUCGUCCAUCGGUCCCAGCGUUGCUGAAGUGGUGCCGUUGAUCGCACAGUGUCAACAAUUCUUUCUUCAGAAUAAUCCACCGGAGAUACCGGGAAUCUUGGUGGGAGGGAACAUCCUGAACCAGAACAGAUACAAGCCCAUUUGCCAGACCUUGGCGAACACGGUAACGUUUGUGACGCUCUACGACAUCACCAACAAGAUUCCAGUGUUUUCUGCCUACAAGUACAAUGGGAUAUCACUGGUUCCAAGACCUAAAACCCCUUGGAAGAUAGAACCACAGCUUGAGAACCCAAAUAACAAUGCCAAUAUGAGGAAAGACAAUGGCGCUGUGUAUAACAACCAGGCCGGCACGAAAGAUUACAAUAACCAACAAGGAUUCGACAGAGGGCAUUUAUUACCAAGCUGUUAUGGUUUUAGCCAAGAAGAUAAAAUCUCUACCUUUACCCUGACCAACAUUGUUCCACAAGUAGAUACGUUUAAUCAGGGAAGCUGGAGCAAUAUGGAGAACUGCGUCAAAUGUGUUCUGGAUGAAUACUGCAUCAACAACAACGGCUUAAGAGAAGGCUAUGUGGUCAUCGGAGCACAGCCCGGCAACAACUUCCUCAAGAACAAGAUGAAUAUUCCCUCCAUGCUCUGGUCAGCAUUCUGUUGCUAUAGUCACAGUCAGGGGAUGUGGUUAGCAAGUGCUCACUGGGGCCAAAACAUUCCAGAUGAAAAUCAGAAAUAUCUCCAGACGAAGACCUUGGCAGAGCUCCGCAAUGAACUGGGACAAACGAUUGAAGUGUUUUCUGGAACUCAAUGUCCUCUCCACACAACUGUCACUCAUCUCUACCCACACCUAAGCACUGUCUGCCACUGCCCACCACACGUUUCAACAACUUCUGCUCCUCCCACAACUACCUCUACCCCUCCAGUUUCAACAUUUACACCUCUUCCUAGCACAUCUGACUCACCAACCACCACAUCUGGCUCACCCAUGACCUCAUCUGACCCUAUUAGCACCACAUCUGGCCUUUUUACUACAACGCAUGGAACUUCACCUACAUCUGGUCAUUACACUACCACACCUGGCACUGUCAGUACCACAUCUGGCCUUUUUACAACCACACCUGGGACUUCAUCUACAUCUGGCCCUGCUACUACCACAUCUACCCCUCUUAGUACCACAUCUACCCCUCUUAGUACCACAUCUGGCCCUGUCAGUACCACAUCUGCCCCUCUAAGCACCACAUCUGGCCCUGUCAGUACCACAUCUGCCCCUCUAAGCACCACAUCUGGCCCUGUUACUACCACAUCUGCCCCUCUAAGCACCACAUCUGGCCCUGUCAGUACCACAUCUGGCCUUUUUACAACCACACCUGGGACUUCAUCUACAUCUGGUCCUGCCACCACCACUUCUGGCCCUUUUACAACUAUAUCUGGCCCACUUAGUACCACAUCUGGCCUUUUUACAACCACACCUGGGACUUCAUCUACAUCUGGCCCUGCUACUACCACAUCUGGCACUGUCAGUACCACAUCUGGCCCUUUAAGUACCACAUCUGGCCCUGUCAGUACCACAUCUGGCCCUCUUAGUACCACACCCGGCCUUUUUACUACUACACCUGCGACUUCUACAUCUGGUCCUGCCACUACCACUUCUGGCCCUUUUACAACUACAUCUGGCCCUCUUAGUACCACACCUGGCCCUGUCAGUACCACAUCUGGCCUUUUUACAACCACACCUGGGACUUCAUCUACAUCUGGCCCUGCUACUACCACAUCUGGCCCUGUCAGUACCACAUCUGGCCCUCUCAGUACCACACCUUGCCCUGUCAGUACCACAUCUGGCCUUUUUACAACCACACCUGGGACUUCAUCUACAUCUGGCCCUGCUACUACCACAUCUACCUCUCGUAGUACCACAUCUGGCCUUUUUACAACCACACCUGGGACUUCAUCUACAUCUGGCCCUGCUACUACCACAUCUGCCCUUCUAAGCACCACAUCUGGCCCUGUCAGUACCACAUCUGGCCUUUUUACAACCACACCUGGGACUCCAUCUACAUCUGGCCCUGUUACUACCACAUCCGCCCCUCUAAGCACCACAUCUGGCCCUGCCAGUACCACAUCUGGCCUUUUUACAACCACACCUGGGACUUCAUCUACAUCUGGCCCCACUACUACCACAUCUAGCCCUCUUAGUACCACAUCUGGCUUUUUUACAACCACACCUGGGACUUCAUCUACAUCUGGCCCUGCUACUACCACAUCUGCCCCUCUAAGCACCACAUCUGGCCCUGCCAGUACCACAUCUGGCCUUUUUACAACCACACCUGGGACUUCAUCUACAUCUGGCCCCACUACUACCACAUCUAGCCCUCUUAGUACCACAUCUGGCAUUUUUACAACCACACCUGGGACUUCAUCUACAUCUGGCCCUGCUACUACCACAUCUGCCCUUCUAAGCACCACAUCUGGCCCUGUCAGUACCACAUCUGGCCUUUUUACAACCACACCUGGGACUCCAUCUACAUCUGGCCCUGUUACUACCACAUCCGCCCCUCUAAGCACCACAUCUGGCCCUGCCAGUACCACAUCUGGCCUUUUAACAACCACACCUGGGACUUCAUCUACAUCUGGCCCCACUACUACCACAUCUAGCCCUCUUAGUACCACAUCUGGCUUUUUUACAACCACACCUGGGACUUCAUCUACAUCUGGCCCUGCUACUACCACAUCUGCCCCUCUAAGCACCACAUCUGGCCCUGCCAGUACCACAUCUGGCCUUUUUACAACCACACCUGGGACUUCAUCUACAUCUGGCCCCACUACUACCACAUCUAGCCCUCUUAGUACCACAUCUGGCAUUUUUACAACCACACCUGGGACUUCAUCUACAUCUGGCCCUGCUGCUACCACAUCUGCCCCACUUAGCACCACAUCUGGCCAUGUCAGUACCACAUCUGGCCCUCUUAGUACCACAUCUGGCCCUGUCAGUACCACAUCUGGCCCUCUUAGUACCACACCCGGUCUUUUUACUACCACACCUGCAACUUCUACAUCUGGUCCUGCCACUACCUCAUCUGACCCUUUUACAACUACAUAUGCCCCUCUUAGCACAACAUCUGGCCCUGUCAGCACCACAUCCAGCCUUUUUACCACCACACCUGGGACUUCAUCUACAUCAGUCCCUGCAACUACCACAUCUGGCCCUGUCAGUACAACGUCUGGGCCUUUUACUUCCACACCUCCCAGUACAACAUCUGCCCUUCCCACAACUACAACUAGUCAUGCUGCUACGACAACCAGUGCUUCCUCAACUACUGCUCCUGCCACUCUGAGCACCACUGGUCCUACAACUACGGAAACACCAGCAACAACUAUUCUUCUAACAACCACUCUCCCUCUGACCACAACAUCUGUUUCUGCAACUACUAAACCUCAAACUACUACCAUUCGACCAACAACCACACUGCCUACAACGACCACCAAAACUACAACUGCUACAACCUCCACUACGACAGUUACCACUGCAACCACAACCACCACAACUACAAAGAAGAAAAAGGAAGAUGAAAAAAACAAUGAAAGUGAGCAGGAAAUAAAUAAUCAAGGACAAGGAAUAGGAGAUAUAGUACCAAAUUUACUUGUUCCAGGCAGUGGAUUAGCUUUGGGAAGCCUAGGUGCUGGUUUCACCGCAUUAUUUGGUGGAAUUGCAAGUGCAUUUUCAGGAUUGUCCGGGUCAUUUUUGACAUCACUCGGACUAGGAAAUAUAGCUAUUGUUUUGCUUUCAGCCAGUCCACCUCCUGUUGCUGGUCCUCAUCCAAACAAUGAGCAUCCAGAUGCCACUACUCCUAAAACUCCUACCACCACACUUAUGUCUGUUAUAACGUCUGCAAUUCCAGCCAUGGACGUUUUAACUGUUCUGGCCGUUUCUGUUGCUGCUGCCACCUCCACAGCGCCUCCUGGCAGCAAACCCAUUGCCACAACAAGUCCUCUCAAAACUCCUUCCAUGCCAGCAAAAGCAAUUACUAUUCAUCCAGCAACUACUACAGAACAAUCAUCUGUCAGGCCUUUGACCGUGGGCCAGGAUUCAACAACUGCAAUGCCCCAGACAACAUCAGUCCAAGCCAACUCCGCUGUGGCCGUUACCUCAACCCCCUCUGUCGAUGCAGUUACGACUCAGACAGAUUCAAUUUCUGAGGAAAGCACUAAUACCAAACCUUCUUCAGCCACUGCUACUCUUUCUGCUCAGCCUCACACUGCUGACAGCACUUUCAGUGGCAGUACUGUCCCUUUAAACUCAACUGAUCCUCAGCUUACAUCAGCACCAGCCACCACUUACCUCGCAGAAACGACCACUGCUCCAUUAACUUCUCAGAAUAGUUUGUCUUUUUCUUUAAGCACCACCUUUGCUCUUACAAAUGCCACUUCUCCUCUCGGCUUUUCUCCUAAUCAGACCUUCACUUCUGCAAUUCACACCACAAAUGUUUCUCAGUCAAACUCCACUAGUCCCCCAACGUCAGUAGCUCAUCGCAUCAUGUCCACCCAUCGUCCGACUUCUCACUCAGAGCCUCCUCCAACCUCGAGUGCACCAAUGGUGUUCAACCCUCCUUUUCCUCUUUCAAAUUCCACCAUCCCAUGUCCUCCUCUUGCACAAAUAUCUAUUUUGCACCAAUACCAGAACAUCCUUGCCUACUACCAGUACCAGUUACACCAAUACCAGACUGUCAACUAGCAGGAGUUUUGUGCUCAAGUGUUGAUACUUGGCAUUACACCCCAAUCAAGCAGUGACGCCACUAACUACUACCAGCUUCUCUACUGACACACAGGAGAAAGCAAACUCCACAGUCUCUCGCACAUCAAAAAACAUACCAUAACUAAUGAAAAUAUGAAAUGAUGGACAUAAGUAUUUCUAUCUAUUCUGCUCUAAUAAACCUUUAACUCCUCAUCAACGGGUUUACUUGCAUUUAAAUGUUGUAAUGGUUUUUAUCUAAUAAAACAAUAAAACAACA